GGACAAGAAAACAUCCGUUCCAUCAUAGUCAGACAGUGAGAUGAGAACAGCAACAGCGAUGAGUUUAACAUCAGCAAGUGGAUUUAUCGUCUUCCUUCUCUCUCUUGCAGUUGUUCAGGGUCAGAAUGGAUGGAGAGUGACUUACACUUCUACUCAGAUCUGUGCCUUAAAAGGAUCAACAGUCGACAUGAGCUGCACCUACACAUACCCAUACUGGAUCGAUAGUCGUUUAACUAAAAUGAAGGAAAAAUUUUGGUUUAUUAAUGGAGACAUUAAACCUGUAGAUCUGAAAACAGAGUCAGAGUACAAAGAUCGUGUACUUUUAUAUGACUAUGGGGGCUACUACUCUUCUGUGAGAAUCUCAGACCUGAGACAGAGCGACUCAGCUCAGUACCAGUUCAGGUUUAUAACAAACCAACCUGGUGGACGUUAUACUGGUUCACCUGGAGUCACUCUGACUGUCACAGAUCUCCACGUCCAUGUGACCAGUUCAUCAUCCUGCAGGAAUUCAAACUGUGUCCAAGUAGAGCUGAGGUGUCACAGCAGCUGUCGUCUACCUGACAAUUACAAAUACACCUGGUUCAAGAAUGGACAGGAGAUUCAGAGUGAAACAUCAUCUUCUUAUUCCACCUCUUUUUCCUCUGAAGAUACCGUUUCCUGUGCUGUUAAAGGUUAUGAGAUGUUCUCCUCUCCUCCAGUGUUUGCUCCAAGGGUUCCUUCAGUGACUUUCAGUCCCUCUGGUGAAAUCAUUGAGGGCAGUUCAGUGACUCUGACCUGUACCAGUGAUGCAAACCCACCUGUUACUAAAUACACCUGGUACAAGAGAGGAAAGAAUCAACUUCAGUCAAGAGGUGAAGGACAGCAGUUUGUCCUCAGCUUCAUCAACUCCUCUGACUCUGGAUCAUAUUCAUGUAUAGCAAAGAACAGUCUGGGGUUGAAGAUGUUAGAAUACGUCAAUAUUGAUGUGAAAUAUCCUCCCAGACUUCCCUCUGUGUCCGUGAGUCCGUCUGGUCAGAUAGUUCAGGGCAGUUCAGUGACUCUGACCUGUACCAGUGAUGCAAACCCACCUGUUACUAAAUACACCUGGUACAAGGAGGAUGAAGACUCACCAAAAGCAUCAGGACAGAACUUCACCAUCACUGACUUCAGAUCUGAACACAGUGGGAAUUAUUACUGUGAAGCCCAGAACAGCAGAGGACGACAGAACUCCACCUCACAUCUGAUUGUUGUAUCAUCCAAAUGGAAAUCAGUAGCAGCUGGAGUGACUGUUGCCAUUCUCCUUCCCAUAAUCCUCAUCUCUGUCUUCAUAUUAGUCAGAAGAUGGAGGGCUUUGAAAACAUCAUCUGAACCUGAAGACAGAGCGGACAACAGCCAACAGUGUCCACCUAAUCACAGACACCCAGAGGAGCAGGACAACCUUCAUUACGCCACCGUCAACUUCUCUCAGAACAAGGAGGAUCCAGUUUACUCCAACACUGGACCAGCUCGGUGCCCAAGACACAAGAAGGAACCAACAUUUACUGAGUACUCUGCUCUCCCAUUUCAUAACAACAGCAAAAAGCAGAGAGACAGAGUUCAGGAAACUGCCGAGGAUUCAGCUGUAUUGUACAGCACAGUCAACCAAACCAAAAGGCCAAGGACCUCGGCUCCAAAGUGAAAUGUGUAAUACCACUCAUGGCCACUAGAGGCAGCUCCUAAGAGCCUUGUCUCCCAUGGACUCACACUGAACUUCUCUCUAAACUUUUUAAGUCAUUUUUUUUCUAGGAGUGUUUUUUCUCAGUUAUUGUUUUUGGAAUUUCUAAUAAGUAAUGUGUUCCAUCUUUAACCUUUUCCUCCAUUAAUAAGAUCACAAGUCAAACAGAAGGCAUUGAUUGAAAGGCGUGAUUGACAGUUUGGAAAGUUGGACCUCUGAAGCUUCUGUUAAUUUAAUCAAAUCUUUUCUUGACAGACAGCUACAUUGUAGUUGUAGCUCAUACUUGCAAUCCCAUAGCCCCACCCAUUUUGUCCAAAUGUGGUCACUUUUGCCCCCAAAACACAAAAUAAUCCCUUU